CGAGCCUGGCGGCGCUCUGCCUCAGCUACACGCCCCCUCCUUGAUACGAUCGAUAGACUCCGUACCCACGGUGUCGGCGAGCUCGUUGGCUUACCACAGAUGAUUGUCUGUGGUUCCAAGUCUAACGGCAAACGCUCCAUUAUCGAGGCAAUUUCUCGCGUGGGCUUUCCAGUGAAGAAUGAUCUUUACACUGGGUUUGUUACGGAGGUCAUACUACGCCGCCGUCCAAUAACCAGCUUCAAAGUGAGCAUCGAGCCUGGCCUGUCCAGGAAAACCGACAAAGAUCUCCAGAGAAUCAAGGCUUUCGAGCCCACUGUUCAUCCCAAUCCUGAGCAGUCAGCAUCACUCAUUGGGAAAGCUAUGGAAUUUCUUGGACCCACCAUCCAGGAUGGACUCACUGACGAUAUCAUCAAAGUCGAAGUUUCUGGCCCCGAACAGCCUGAUCUGACCCUUAUCGAUAUGCCUGGGCGCUACUUCACUGGAGGCACGAGUGACGGAAGUCUUGCAAAUGAUCCUGGCCGUCUUCACAUGGAAAAAUACAUGCUGAAUGCGCGCAGUAUCAUCCUCCCUGUGGUAUCGGCAAAGAUCGACAUUUGUGUUCAGAAGAUCUUCGAUUUUGCAGACAAAUAUGACAAAGAACGAAAGCGGAUUAUGGGGAUCGUUACUCACCUCGAUACACUCGAAGCAUCAUCAGACGAGGAAAAGUUAUGGCUGAAGGGUAUCAAAGAAACAACAUCCGAACUGCCGAUGGGGUUGCAUUUGGUGUGCACUCGAUCAUACGAGACACGCGAUGUGCCAGACGACGAAAGAGAUCAAAUGGAGACGGAAUUCUUUGCGCGAGGAGAUUGGAAAACCGUGGGAAGACAAUCCACAGGGACUAGCAACCUGCGACGUCGACUCAGCACUCUUCUUGUGAAUCACGUCCAAAGCAGCCUCCCUGAUCUGAUUUCUGAAUUCGACAAAAUCAUUAAGAAAAAUCAAUCGAGACUGGUGAAGCUCAUUGUUCCUCGACAGACCAUCCAUCAACAGAAAGCAUUGCUUUUCAAUCUGAGCAGUGCUUUCCAGCGCAUAACCGAACAAGCAUUGAGUGGAAUGUACACUGACAGCUUCUUUACUAAGUCGGUGGAUGGGGAUGAUGUUAAAUCCAAGUCUCACGACCCUCGACGUCUUCGUGCUGUCAUUCGUGAUUUGAACGAGGAUUUUGCAGACAUUAUGGAAAUUGCCGGGUGCCGCCAGUUCGUGCAUGGGGUCAACAACCAGAUAAUCUCGAUACUACACCCUUGCAACCCUUAUGCAAAUAUCAGACAGCCGGUCCACAGGAGCCGCUCUGAGUUCGAACUUGAGGUUAGUGAGCAAAUGCGCCACGAUCGAGGAAUUGAACUUCCAGGGAAUGGAAAUCAGCUACUAGUGGGUACCCUAUUUCGGGACCAGUCGCAACCCUGGGAAGAGAUUGCUCGAGUCCAUUUGAUGAAAUCUUGGGAGUGCACCCUGGGCUUUGUGACGCACCUGCUGGAUCAUCUUGCGGAUGAACGUACGUCUGUGGUGAUAAUGCGGACUAUCAUUUGCCCUCAGCUGGAUAAAAUGGAAGAAAGUCUACUGUUAAAGCUACUUGAGCUGACGACUCACUACAAGCGAGGCCACCCAUUGCCUAUGAGUCGAAGCUUUCUUCGAGGUUACCCAUUGCCUCUUGAUCGAAGCUUUGUUGCCAAGAUGCAGAAAUCCAGGAAUGAUCGACUGCUGGCCGACUUCCAACAUAUGUUUCCUUUGACUCCGAACAAUGGUAUCACUAUUGAAGGAAUCAAGGCGGCCACUCAGCACGUGGAUUCAUCAAGCAAUCAGUUCACAGCCUCGGACAUUGUUGACCAGAUGCAAGCAUACUACAACAACGCACUUUUGAUCUUCAUGGACAACGUUGCAACUCUCGGGAUCGAAAAUUGCCUUCUCAGUCCUCUGGGUGGUGUCUUGACAACCCAAACAAUCACCAACAUGGAGGACAAGCAAAUCGAGGAACUAUUUGCUGGUGUGAACGAUGGUGUAAAGAAAUCGCGAGAAGUCUUGACCCACGAACUGGAGAAUUUGCAAUAUGGGGUGCGAGCAUUGAGCAAACUCAACGUUGCGAAGAAAGUCACGCCAUCUAUUGGAACAAUCAAGGAUUCUGGAGCAAGUUCGGCUCAUGGGUGCUUAACUCCUCAAUCGUUCCUCAUGCCUCAAGGGAUUCUAUGCAGUGGUGCGGCUUCCAGUCCGUUUGGAGUACUAUGCACGGAUUGUAGAGUUCAAGGCGCGAACGGCACGCCCAGGUUUCAACUUUCGUGGCCAUACAGCUCGGCAUCCGACAAGCAGAACUCAAUCACACUUUGUCCCAGUGGUCCGUUUGGCUUGGAUCCCGGUACAGUCAACCCUGGGAUGACAAGUGCGCCAUCUGUAUCUUUCCCGGCUGCGAAUCCUGAGGCAAACCCUUUUGGUUCCAACGCACCUAUCUCCUUUAAGGCUGUACUUCCGCUUCGAUCGACACUCCAACCUGGCACUUUCUGGUCUUCCCUUGUUUCCCCUACACCAGAUACCCGUACUUAUGAUCGGAAUUGGUAUUGGGAGGAGAAGGAUGUUCGUGAUGGUAGCUUCAUGACCAAUCGAUACUAUUCGAUAUGCUGCCACGAUAAGUUCAAAUCUUACUCACCAGAGGAGCUGCGACUGGCUGACUAUCAGCUCACCGCGAGAUAUGACAACGUCUUACCGGCCGCCAAAACAAUGAAGAGACCUCCAGCUUUUCCUUAA